GAGCUGAGAGAGAGAUAAUAAUCUGCAUCUCACAGAAAGUCAUAGGAGCAAAAAUCCCACAUCUGCCCCUUUAUUCCUCCCUUUUUUAAUUCCCUUGCUGAAUUGUGUUUCUUACACUCAGUAAUGAGAAGCCUGGGAUUGCAGCUCGCAGCUCGUUGCCCUAAGUGAAAGUGAAACUGAAAUUUCCCAUAAACGUUAACCAGCAAAUUCCAUUCCCACUAUUCAGGGGGGGGGGGAGAGGGAGUUAUUAUGGGAUUGCCUGAGAGGAUAUGCUGAGACGGCAGCUUGGAAACCAGAGGAGAAACCGACAUUCUGCCUGGAAGCUUCAUAGCACGACGCAACAUGAAAAGCCAGAGAACCGUGGGAAUAUUUUCGAGGGAUGGAAGACAGAGUUAUAACUGGCUGAUAGAUAUGCUCAAUGAGACAGAUUUCAGCAAAGACGUAAAGGAAGUUCUGCCCAUCUACAUCGGCAAUAAUUUUUCAGAAUUCACAGCCAACGUGUCCGGGUGCGGGUUCGCUAUCCUGUAUCACACCAAGAACAGGGGCAGAGUGAAUGUGACCAAUGUGACUGACUCUCUGUAUGAUGAAGAGCUGAAAUAUUUAUCCAAAAAGCUGGGCAAGCAAUGUGUCAUUGUGGUGAUAGAUGACUUGGAGGACAGUAGCGACAAGUUUAAAGAAAGCCUAUUGGCUAAUCAGCCCCGUAUAAGAGAAUUCUCCCAGGAGCUUUUCCUCAUCAGCCAAGUGGAGAAAAAAACACUCAAUGAGGAAAUGAUGAACAAAAAGCUUCAGAUGAAGAACAUCAUGGCCUCAAACAAAAAAGGAAACAAUAAGGAAGGUGACAGAGGAACGAGGGGAGGAGAAGGAACCGGAGACGGGCAGGAGAAGAAGCCUGGAGAGAAGGAGGAGGACACGCGGAAUACAGAAGAAUCGGUACCCAAGGCCCCAAAUAAAUGCUCAGGAUGCUGCUGUUUUCAGUAGCAAGCUGAAAUCUCCCAGAAUGCAGAGCUCUCCCGUGCUGACCCUACAGAUAUAUUUAUCGGUACAUGUGGGCAAGUGUUAAUUACCCAAUACAGAGUCAAAUUUUUUAAAAUGUUUGUUCCCAUGCUUUUAAACGAAACAGUUUCCCUAUAAUUAGGACCUAAUUCUUAGUAUCAGCUUUAGUCAUCACGAGAGGUCAUUAAAGGCAAAGUUCACAUUCCAAGAACAUAUCGUUUCAAACUCGAGAAAAAAAACAUCUUUCCAUGUUUCAGAGGGUUUUCGCCCUUGUUUAUUGAGUCACUGCUAUAUGAUGUAUUCUACUGGGAAAACAAUAUGUUUUGUUAAGGUGAACUUCCCCUUUAAACAAUCAUUGUUGUAUAAAACUUCUACAGUUGUCCCCAACCUUUAAGAAGUUGAUCUGUGUUGGCCUGCAUGUAUCAUACUGGGCUUUCUACAGACUGUGGGGCCCCCUGAAGAUGCUGGGGGCCCCUUAUGAUGAUAUAGUGUUAUUAAUGAUGCUCAUUGUGUCAUGUACAGAAAGUGUUGUGUUUUUAGGCAAGCUUUAGCUUUUAUAUACAAAUGAACACUAAUACCAGGAAGUGGAAA